GUCAUUUUAUAACUGACCGACCAAAAAAAACUUAACCUAACUUUUAUCUGAUAAUAAGAUCAGUUUAAAAAGUGAAAAAUGGGAAAUUGGAAAUUAGAAGUCGGUAAAAUGGUAAUUUACAUGGCUUUCCCCGUUGCGUGUUUUCACUAUUUCAAUCAACCAGAUCUAUUUGAAGAUUGGGUGACAAAAAUGAAAAGGGAGAUUUAUCCACCCGAGAAUAAAUCCCACCGGGCUGAGUACGAAGAGGCCAAACGAAAAGCAAGGGAAGAACAACAAUUGGAAUUAAUUAAAGCUAUGGAACAGACUGGAAAUAAAUUAUGAAUUGUUAUUUAGUUUAUUCUUUAUGUAAUUGUU